UGGCCACUCUUUCUAUCCACCCUUCAUUCUUAAUCAUAUUCCAAAAUAUAUAUCUUCACUUUAUCUUCAUAUAAACCAAUCCUCAGUUCUAAAUACCUACUUCAUCUCUUUUUUAUUCUUAACUUUUUAGCUAUUCAUUUGUGUUAAUUAACUCUUUGGAAGAUGGUUUGUUUGGUAUCUCGAACUGGAAGGGAGUUGCAGAGAUACAACAACAUGGGUGGCAGACAAGUUGUAGGAUGCAUACCUUAUAGAUAUAAACAAGACAUAGAUGGUAAUAAAAGCAACGAGUUGGAAGUACUAAUGGUUAGUUCACAGAAAACUCAAAGACUAAUGUUUCCAAAGGGAGGAUGGGAACUUGAUGAAUCUCUAGAACAAGCAGCUUGUAGGGAAUCUCUAGAAGAAGCAGGAGUCAUAGGAUUAGUUGAGUGUGAAUUGGGACAGUGGAAUUUCAUUAGCAAAAGACAUGGAACAUACUAUGAAGGGUAUAUGUUCCCUUUAUUUGUGAAGGAGCAACUUGAUUAUUGGCCAGAGAAAAAUGUUAGGACAAGAGUAUGGAUGACUGUUGGUCAAGCAAGAGAAGUUUGUCAACAUUGGUGGAUGAAGGAAGCAUUAGAUAUAUUGGUUCAAAGACUCACUUCUUCACAGCAACAAUAAAAAAAAAGAUGUAAUUGGUGAUUUUUUUGUUUUUUGGAAAAUAAUAUGAAGUUUAAGUUUCGAUCUGAAAUUAGGAAACUGUCAAUAUUUUGAUUUUUUUUUAGUUGUAGAGAGGAUUAAUUAGGGGAUGAAACAAAAUUGUAGAGAAAGUGUUAUCAUUAUUUUAUUCAUUUAUCAAUCGUCUAUCGGAACCAA